AUUGGAGCCUAAUCAAAGAAUAAUAUCAUUGGGUUCAAUACCUUCGACAAAGUAAAACCAUCAGCCGGAAGUAGUCAUAAAACUAAAUUAUAAAAAUGAAAUUCCUUGUUGGGGCCUUCGUUCUGAGUCUGGUGGCCUUUGUAGCUGGUCAGUCUUCGAAUGCUGCCGCUUUGGAACCGUCCGCGGAAUAUCUUCCACCAGUGGGCGACAGUGAAGCUGCUCAGCUAUCCGAGGAUGGAUACCGUUAUAAAACUGUACGUAGAUUAAGGCUGCGACACCGCCGAGAAGUCCCCAACCAAGAGUAUUUGCCUCCUUUGGUAAAAGCCCCCAGUCAAGAGUACUUGCCGCCAGUGGAUGCCGCCGCUAUUGGGGAUACCAAGGUGGCCGACGAUGGGUACCGUUACAAGACCGUGCGCAAGCUGAAGUACCGCGCCCGCCACCGUCGUGACGUUUCCGAGGUCGCCGAGCCUAGCAACGAGUACUUGCCGCCUGUCGAGGUCGAGUUGGCCCCCGAACUGAAAACCGUACUUGGCGACGAUGGUUAUCGCUACAAGACAGUACGCCGCCUAAAGUUCCGUCGCCACCGCCGGGAGGCCGCUGCUGAGAGCGUACCCAACAGCGAAUAUCUUCCUCCUGCAGAAGAACCAGCUAUUGAAGCUGAGCCCAAGGACGCCGAAGAGGGAACUGAGCUGGCUAAGGACGGAUACCGCUACAAGACAGUUCGUCGCCUACGUUACCGCCACCGUCAAUAGGUCUACCAACUCUUACUCGGCAUAUUGAACCCAAUUGAUCCUAGAACCACUCUUAGAAGUUGACCAAGUAAAACGAUAGCCUUUUGUUGUACUAUUGAAGUUAAGCAAACCAAUUUUUCCUGUUUUUAACUCAUAAACCUUUAUUAAUCCCAGCAUAUGGAAUAAUUAAAUAUUAUUCGAAAAAAUA